ACGGAGCGCGGGCUGAGCCCGGCCAGCAAGGGACAAGGGCGGCUUUGUCCCCGAGCCCAGCGGUGUCGCUCGGGAAUGGCCCCGCUGCAUCCUUUCGGGAGGGUGGGAAGGACAGGGAGCGCCUGGCAGGUGAGGGUGAAGCCCCUCCGCCCGGCCCUUCUCCCGAGCAGCCCCGAUGGCCGUUCCGAUCCUCCCUCCCCGGGCCCCCCGUGCCUGGCGGCCGUGUCCCCGCUCUUGGGAUGGAAAUCGUCCCGUUCCCAGCGCCCGGCUGUCCCGGGGGUGCCCGGGGUGCCUGGUUAACCUCUGCUCCUGGUCCCGCUGCCUCUGAUGCACGGGAUGCGCUGGGCUCUGUCUUUCCUAAUCCGGGACUAGGGAUUGAUUAAUCGUGACUCACUUCCGAGCUGCAGUGAUAAGGGAGAGUUUGUGGUUUUCAAACAAAGGCAGUGAAGGAGUUUUAAUUCCUAGCCGUUGUGAGUUUAUUCACCUCAUUUUUUCUAAUAAAGAUGAGAUGGAAAAGAUAAUUCCUAUAGCGUGUACACAAUUGCUUAGAUAUGCUUCGGAUUAGAUGUAAAUCAAAGUGUGGGUUCGGAAGCUGCUAACGCGAUUUUAUUUGAUUAUGGAGGAAAGUUUAGUGAAACUUUGCCAAUCUGUCCCUGACAUCUCCUCUCAGGUCUGAUGAAAGUAGAAAAAUUUGCACUUCUUAGUCGUCAUCAACAAAACCUCUUUUGUGGGAUGCAGACUGAUAGUGAGUUGGGUUACUGCUCCCAAAAUUGUACUUUCUGAAUUAGGUAUCUUUUCCUUGCCUCCUCCUCCUUUUCAACUGUAACCUCAGAAGGAGCAAGGAGCUCUGGAAUCCUCUUUCACUUGACUGGAAACGCGAGGUGAUACUGUUUCAGCUGCUAUUGUUUGAGCUGCUACGUGACAGAUCACUAUCAAUGGGACAAACUCGGUGCCUUCUAAACAAAACCCCUCCAGGAAUUUUUGCUUAUCUAAACUACAGAGUGCCUCGCACUAGGAAGGAGAUAUAUGAAACCCUGAUAAAAGGAUUACAGAGACUGGAAUACAGAGGCUAUGACUCUGCAGGAGUGGCAAUUGAUGGAAAUAAUAAUGAAGAUAAGGAAAGAUUCAUCAAACUGGUUAAGAAAAGAGGAAAAGUAAAGGCCCUGGAAGAAGAGUUGUACAAACAAGAUGACCUGGAUUCGAAAAUGGAUUUUGAAACACAUUUUGGAAUUGCUCAUACUCGCUGGGCGACCCAUGGAGUACCAAGUGCAAUAAACAGUCACCCUCAGAGAUCAGAUAAAAGGAAUGAAUUUGUUGUCAUCCAUAAUGGAAUCAUCACAAACUAUAAGGACCUGAGAAAAUUUCUGGAGAGCAAAGGAUAUGAAUUUGAAUCUGAAACAGAUACAGAAACAAUCCCCAAAUUGAUCAAAUACAUGUAUGACAACAGAGAGAGUGAAGACACCAGUUUUUCAGCCUUGGUAGAAAGAGUUAUUCAACAGCUGGAAGGUGCUUUUGCAUUGGUUUUCAAGAGCAUCCAUUACCCAGGUGAAGCUGUUGCUACCAGGAGAGGGAGUCCUUUGCUCAUUGGGGUUAGGAGCAAGUACAAGCUCUCAACAGAACAGAUUCCAGUUUUGUAUCGAACAUGCAACAUUGAGAAUGUGAAGAACAUCUGCAACUCCCAAAUGAAAAGACUGGAUAGCUCAACCUGCCUUCAUGCUGUUGGGGAUAAGGCAGUAGAAUUCUUCUUUGCUUCAGAUGCAAGUGCUAUCAUUGAGCACACCAACAGAGUGAUUUUCUUGGAAGAUGAUGACAUUGCAGCUGUAACUGACGGGAAGCUCUCGAUUCACCGUCUGGAGCGUUCAGCUAGUGAUGAUCCUUCCCGGGCCAUCCAGACCUUGCAGAUGGAAUUGCAGCAAAUCAUGAAGGGUAACUUCAGUGCCUUCAUGCAAAAGGAAAUUUUUGAACAACCAGAAUCAGUUGUCAACACAAUGAGAGGCAGGGUGAAUUUUGAGAGCAGCACAGUUCUUCUGGGGGGACUGAAGGAUCAUCUGAAAGAAAUCAGAAGAUGCCGAAGACUGAUCAUUAUUGGCUGUGGGACCAGUUACCACGCUGCAGUGGCUACUCGGCAAGUCCUGGAAGAAUUAACUGAAUUACCAGUGAUGGUGGAACUUGCCAGUGACUUCCUGGAUAGAAACACACCUGUAUUCAGGGAUGAUGUGUGCUUUUUUAUAAGCCAGUCAGGUGAAACUGCCGAUACACUCAUGGCCUUGAGGUAUUGUAAAGAACGCCGUGCUCUGACAGUCGGCAUCACAAACACGGUUGGAAGUUCGAUAUCCAGGGAGACUGACUGCGGUGUGCACAUCAACGCAGGGCCUGAGAUUGGUGUGGCGAGCACAAAGGCCUAUACCAGCCAAUUCGUGUCUCUUGUAAUGUUUGGCCUAAUGAUGUCUGAAGACAGAAUUUCCUUGCAGAAAAGGAGACAGGAAAUCAUAAGUGGACUAAAAUCAUUGCCAGAAAUGAUUAAAGAAGUCUUGUCCUUGGAUGAGAAGAUACAUGAUUUGGCUCUUGAACUGUACAAACAGAGAUCGUUGCUGGUUAUGGGCCGUGGGUAUAAUUAUGCCACAUGUCUGGAAGGAGCUUUGAAAAUAAAAGAAAUCACCUAUAUGCACUCAGAAGGUAUCCUGGCUGGUGAGCUGAAACAUGGGCCCUUGGCCCUAAUAGACAAACAAAUGCCUGUUAUCAUGGUGAUCAUGAAGGAUCCUUGUUUCACCAAGUGCCAGAAUGCUCUGCAACAGGUCACUGCUCGGCAGGGUCGUCCAAUCAUUCUGUGUUCUAAAGAAGACACUGAAAGCUCAAAAUUCGCCUACAAAACCAUUGAGCUGCCUCAUACAGUUGACUGCCUUCAAGGAGUGUUGAGUGUCAUUCCUCUUCAGUUACUUUCAUUUCACCUGGCUGUUCUCAGAGGAUAUGAUGUGGACUUCCCAAGAAAUUUGGCCAAAUCUGUUACUGUAGAGUAACAGGCAAGAACAGCUGAUGUCUUUGUCACCAGACCUCUGAGUUAUACUUGUAGGAUGUGUUGUUCUGAAUUGCUAGGUAAAUGAUUUUUCUAAAAAGAAUGAUAGUGCUAACUGGAAAGCAUCAGAAGGAUUUAUCUUGCAGCUUUAAAAGCUUUUGAUGUGCCUUGUACCCAAGUGCUUUUGCUCACAGCAAAUACUCCUCUAAGUCCUGAAAUUAUCAAAGAAGAUAAAAAUUGUUUACACAUGGUAUACUGAAUGAACUUUUUUACUGUGCAAUAUAUAUAUAUAUAUAUACAGCUCUCUCCAGAGUAACUGUGAACAUUUUUUUAGCCUACACUACAUAACUAGUUUCAAAGAUAUAGUAUUUAUAAGUACAAUUUGUAUAGCUUUUUUUAAGUUAUUUUUUUAGUACAUUGCUUAUCUGUAACAUUGGUAAUGCUCAGAAUGUAAACACUGAGCGUGUUGAUACUUCUGUACAGUUGUUAGGGAUUUUCCUCCUUCAACCUCAAACUGGAAAUUUGUUGUCCCCUCUUCUUUCCCAGCUUCCCUUCCCCCAUUGCAUCUGUGUUUCAUAUUUAAACAGUCAUUUGCAAAGUUCUUCCGUGGCUGUAAAUUCCCAGCUAUGUUUUCAAUUUCUACUUCUUUUAACUGUUUUGAAAAGCCAGAAUGACAUUUGUUUUGUAUGCCACCCCAGCUCUUAUUUGCAUAACAUGUAUAGUGCAACAGAAUAGGGGAACUGGAUGUCUUUCAAAUGAUAUUAUUGUUUGAAGAGGGUACAAUGAAAUGACAAUGCAAUUAAAAGAUUAUAUAAUUCUUCUUAUUUUGUGGUUUGGUUUUUUUGUGUGUGUAUAUGUGUUUGGGUUUUUGUUU